AUGCAGCUUUUAUUUAAUGCCUCUCAUAAUCAGAAAAAUUAUUUGUUUUGUAAACCCAUAGUUAUUAAUCCAAAAUCAGCUUCUGUUUCUUAUAAUUUAACAUUAACAGCUUUAAUAAAAAUUACAACUACUGAUGAAGAAGCUAUUCAAAAUAAUUAA